AUGGAAGAAGUGAAAUCUGAAUUGAAUAUAGGACAAGACAAGUGCUACCAUCCCAACCCCGAAGACAGUGGCUUACUUGAUAUAGGGAGAACACUGAGAGAUAUCCCACCAGCUCACUAUAUAUUAAAAGUAGAUUCAUUCUCAUUCCUUGUUCAACUACUUGAGAAAGCUGGAAAAAAGAGAUACGAGUCUGAUGCUUUCGAAGCCAGUGGUCACAAAUGGAAACUGUGUCUCUAUCCAAAUGGCGAUCAAGAGAGAGGUGGAAAGGGACACAUCUCUCUCUACUUGGCCAUCACAAACACGGAGGCUUUACCUCUGGGUUGGGAGGUCAAUGUGAGUUUCAAGUUCCUCCUGUUUGACCAGGCUCGUGACAAAUACUUGACAAUUCGAGAUAUUAACGAGAAGCCAAGACGCUAUCAUGCAAUGAAAACUGAGUGGGGUUUUUCCAAACUACUCCCACUCUCUGUGUUCAAUGACCCUACAAACGGAUACCUUGUUGGUGACAAAUGUGUAUUUGGCGCGGAGGUGUUUGUUAUCAAAUAUAGUGGUGCAGGAAAGCUUCUACCGCAGCCCAAAAAUCUUGCUGAUCAUGUUUACACUUGGAAUAUCUCUAACUUUUCCCGUUUAACCAGCUCAGUUCCUGCAGCAAGUUUCACGCUUGGAGAUUCAAUUGCUUCAUGUUUCUCUGGUACAAGAAGUUUCUGGUGGCUUUGGAGGAAUCCCCAAAAUUUAGGUCCAGUGACUGAUUUAUCUAAGGGAUUUCUUGUGCGUGAUACAUUGGUCGUUAAAUUCAAGAUAACACAUAUUUUUGCCGUGAAAAGAUUUGCCUAG